AUGGGUUUUAUGCCAUCUGCUGAGCCCUAUGCUGAGCCCUCUGCUGAGCCUUCUGCUGAGCCCUCUGCUGAGCCAUCUGCUGAGCCGUCUGCUGAGCCAUCUGCUGAGCCCUCUGCUGAGCCCUCUGCUGAGCCAUCUGCUGAGCCAUCUGCUGAGCCCUCUGCUGAGCCCUCUGCUGAGCCCUCUGCUGAGCUAUAUGCUGAGCCCUCUGCUGAGCCAUCUGCUGAGCCGUCUGCUGAGCCAUCUGCUGAGCCCUCUGCUGAGCCCUCUGCUGAGCCAUCUGCUGAGCCAUCUGCUGAGCCCUCUGCUGAGCCCUCUGCUGAGCCCUCUGCUGAGCUAUAUGCUGAGCCCUCUGCUGAGCCCUCUGCUGAGCCCUCUGCUGAGCUCUAUGCUGAGCUAUAUGCUGAGCCCUCUGCUGAGCCCUCUGCUGAGCUCUAUGCUGAUCCCUCUGCUGAGCCCUCUGCUGAGCUCUAUGCUGAGCUCUAUGCUGAGCCCUCUGCUGAGCUCUAUGCUGAGCCCUCUGCUGAGCUCUAUGCUGAGCCCUCUGCUGAGCCCUCUGCUGAGCUCUAUGCUGAUCCCUCUGCUGAGCCCUCUGCUGAGCUCUAUGCUGAGCUCUAUGCUGAGCCCUCUGCUGAGCUCUAUGCUGAUCCCUCUGCUGAGCCCUCUGCUGAGCUCUAUGCUGAUCCCUCUGCUGAGCCCUCUGCUGAGCUCUAUGCUGAGCUCUAUGCUGAGCCCUCUGCUGAGCUCUAUGCUGAGCCCUCUGCUGAGCUCUAUGCUGAGCCCUCUGCUGAGCUCUAUGCUGAGCCCUCUGCUGAGCUCUAUGCUGAGCCCUCUGCUGAGCCCUCUGCUGAGCUCUAUGCUGAGCCCUCUGCUGAGCUCUAUGCUGAGCCCUCUGCUGAGCUCUAUGCUGAGCCCUCUGCUGAGCUCUAUGCUGAGCCCUCUGCUGAGCCCUCUGCUGAGCUCUAUGCUGAGCCCUCUGCUGAGCUCUAUGCUGAGCCCUCUGCUGAGCUCUAUGCUGAGCCCUCUGCUGAGCUCUAUGCUGAGCCCUCUGCUGAGCUCUAUGCUGAGCCCUCUGCUGAGCUCUAUGCUGAGCCCUCUGCUGAGCUCUAUGCUGAGCUCUAUGCUGAGCUCUAUGCUGAGCCCUCUGCUGAGCUCUAUGCUGAGCUCUAUGCUGAGCUCUAUGCUGAGCCCUCUGCUGAGCUCUAUGCUGAGCCCUCUGCUGAGCUCUAUGCUGAGCCCUCUGCUGAGCUCUAUGCUGAGCCCUCUGCUGAGCUCUAUGCUGAGCCCUCUGCUGAGCUCUAUGCUGAGCCCUCUGCUGAGCUCUAUGCUGAGCCCUCUGCUGAGCUCUAUGCUGAGCCCUCUGCUGAGCCCUCUGCUGAGCCCUCUGCUGAGCCCUCUGCUGAGCCCUCUGCUGAACACUCUGCAGCUGCUGAGAAACAGGAAAAUAAAAAAGCUGUGGUCGGUGAGAUGGUCGGUGGGAUCUGUGGUGUGUUAUUUGCUCUCCUCAAGGUAAAGUCACAACAGCUGUCUUACAGCCACUUCCUGGUCCUGUUGCCCCUACCAACCUCUGGGAAGCUGUUGCCGUGA